CGAAGAAAAGGUUUGGCAAUGGCGGAGGGUUCGCCGCAAUUGGACGUGACGUCGGUGAUGGUGGAUGUUCUUCAGCAACCAGGCAAGAGGUUGAGCGACAUUGAUUUGGCCUCCAGGAAAGCAGAGGAAGCAUCGUUGAGAAGAUAUGACGCUGCUGGAUGGUUGAGAAAGAUGGUGGGAGUUGUUGUAGGAAAAGAUUUGCCUGCACAGCCAUCUGAAGAGGAAUUUAGGCUGGGCUUGCGAAGUGGGAUUAUACUGUGUAAUGUACUUAAUAAGGUUCAACCUGGUGCAGUGCCAAAAGUAGUCGAGGCGCCUCCCGAUACCAUAAUCAUCCCAGACGGGGCCGCUCGAUCUGCAUUCCAAUACUUUGAGAAUGUGAGGAAUUUUCUUGAUUCUUUAGAGGAAAUGGGGAUACCUGGCUUUGAAGCCUCUGAUUUGGAGCAGGGAGGCAAGUCUUCAAGAAUCGUGAACUGUGUGCUGGCACUGAGAUUGUACAAUGAAUGGAAAGAAGGAGGCGGGAAAGGAGUGUGGAAAUUCAGUGGAAACAUUAAGCCCCCUUCAGCUAUUAACAAGCAAUUUGUCAGGAGAAACUCUGAUCUCUUUAUUAAUUCGCUGUCGAGGAACUUAUCAACAUUUGAUGACAAGUCUGUUGAUAGCUUGGAAAAUGAGCAUAACUCUAUUUGUGAUGCUAGGCAAGACAUUAAUGAGAUGGGUAGCUCUCGUUCCUUACACAUGCUUAUUCGUGAAAUUCUCUCAGACAAAAAGCAAGAAGAUAUCCCAAUGAUUGUGGAGAAUAUGUUAAGUAAAGUCAUGGAAGAGUUUGAGCAUCGGUUGGCCAGCCAAAAUGAAAAGGCCAGACCAACCCCAAGAGAUGCAGGUUUUCCAAGUCCCAGCGAGCUUAGAGAUUAUCCAGUGACUGAGGUCCCAGUCGAGAUGAAAGAGCAGUCUGUGUCAGGCAAUGAGGAAUCUCUUAGUGUGAUGAAAGAGCAGUGUUUGUCUGGCAAUCAUGAAUUGGAUGGACAAGCUAUGAAGGACCAGGACUUGGUUGAACACCAGCAAACUAGCAUACAGGUGUCAAACAUAAUAAAUGAGGAGGGUUGGUCUGACAAUAUUGAAAUGAAAGAACGCGCUAUGAAGCACAAAAACUUGGUCGAACACCAGCAAAGAAGCAUACAGGGAACAAUCAGGGAAUGCGAACUGAGUUUUGUUUUGUUGAUAGGUAAACAUCUCAAAAGUCUGGCUCAUGCAGCUUCUGGAUACCAAAAGGUACUAGAGGAGAACCGCAAACUAUACAAUCAAGUACAAGACCUCAAAGGAAAUAUAAGGGUAUAUUGCCGCAUACGGCCCUUUUUGCCUGGGCAGCCAUCUUUUUUGAGCGCAGUGGAAGUUGUAGAUGAAAAAACUCUCACAAUACUCACUCCUGCUAAACAUGGAAAAGGGAAGAAGUCAUUCUCUUUUAACAGGGUUUUUGGUCCAUCUGCAAGCCAAGAAGAAGUAUUUUCAGACACCCAGCCAUUGAUUCGUUCUGUCCUUGAUGGGUAUAAUGUAUGCAUAUUUGCCUAUGGUCAAACUGGAUCAGGGAAAACGUACACAAUGACAGGACCAAAAGAACUCACAAAGGAAAGCUUAGGCGUAAAUUACAGGGCGCUUAGUGAUUUGUUUCUCAUCUCAGAGCAAAGAAAAGACAGCAUGUACUAUGAUGUUUCCGUUCAGAUGAUUGAAAUUUACAAUGAGCAAGUGAGGGACCUCCUUGUCACUGAUGAAAUCCGUAACAAUUCCCCAGAUGGCAUCAAUGUACCCAAUGCAAACCUUGUACCAGUGUCAUCAACAUCUGAGGUCAUCAGUUUGAUGAACAUUGGACACAAGAAUCGUGCAGUGGGUUCCACUGCUAUGAAUGACCGAAGCAGUCGUUCUCACAGUUGCGUGACUGUUCAUGUUCAAGGAAGAGCUUUGACAUCGAGUUCAACAAUCCGUGGUUGCAUGCACCUUGUUGACCUGGCGGGAAGUGAAAGAGCCGACAAGUCAGAGGCGGUUGGCUGUAGACUAAAGGAGGCUCAACAUAUUAAUCGGUCCCUAUCUGCCUUGGGAGAUGUGAUAUCCGCUCUUGCGCAAAAGAGAACACAUGUUCCUUAUAGGAACAGUAAGCUCACCCAGUUGCUUCAAGAUUCACUAGGUGGUCAAGCAAAGACUUUAAUGUUCGUCCACAUCAGCCCAGAGCCUGAUGCUCUUAGCGAGACAAUUAGUACUCUUAAGUUCGCUGAACGUGUUUCGACUGUUGAGCUUGGUGCUGCCCGAGCCAACAAAGAGAGCCCGGAUAUCAAAGAACUGAAGGAACAGGUAGCCAACCUUAAAGCAGCUUUAACACAAAAAGGAAGAGGCGAAUUAGGAUCUAAGCAAUCUGGAUCUAUAAGCCCAGACAGAGUAUUGAUUAGAUCUUUUGGGUCAUCUCCAUCAGAUUCGUCUUGGCAAAGUAAUGGAGAUGUCAGUAAGGUAGAGAGACUAAGUCACUCUUCAGCAACAUCAAGAAUGCAAAGUGACUCGUUUGACGAAGAAGAAAAAUGCAUCCCCAGCGACUGGGUCGACAAUGUUAUGUCCUAUGAUGACAAGAGCCCUACUUCCAAGGUGUACCCUCAACAUUCUCCAAACACGUUGAAUGAGACCCAAAAUGAGACAGCUGUCGCAGAUGAUAUGGAUGACCUCGAAAAUGCAACUAGUGACACUUCAGAGCUGGAUUACCAAUGGCCACUAGGUCUUUCUAAACCCAACCGUGUGCCUAAUGGGCUGGGAUCAAAACUCAGAAAGCCCAGUCCAAAACAGAUUAGUUCUCCAGAAAGAAGGAGCCUGAUACCUCCACCGCCAAGUAGGAGAAUUUCGAAUGGGGCUCGUUCGCCAUUGCAAAAAAACGGAUGGCAGGCAGCUCCUGUUGAUGGAAAACGCAAACCGGCGGCCGGUGGGAAGUAAGAGCUUGCUUCAUUAAUGUGGGAAUAUCUUAUAUGUACACCAGAGUAAAUUCUUGCCUAGGGGUGACGCAGUUUUGNNCUUCAAUUGGUGAAAUUUUUUUU